UUCAUCUCAUUUAAGCUGAAUUGAUCGCCAACGCGCGUGAAUCGCCACAGCCUACACAAGAAUUCAAUCUCUCGCAUAGCGCAUUCUCCAAAAUCAUGGAAGAUCCUGGGCAGCCUUGGAGCUCCUCUGCCCUUAAAAUAUUGGGUCCUCUGUUUUCUAGGGCUAGGGUUUAGGCUCUUUCAUGGCGGGGGCGAGCGCGUCGUGGAGAGCCAAAUCGCUCCCCAAUCCCAAAUCCGAUGGAAUUCCUGGCAUCCUCACGAUGACUCCCAGUGGCUUCAAAUGGACUCCCAACAUUCCAAAUGCUGCGAAGGCGUUGAAUGUCGAUUGCAGGUCCCUCAGAGGCCAACGAGCUAGCAAAGAAGCUACAUCCAAGAAGGCUAUACUAAACUUGCUAACGGACUCCACAGCGGUCCAAUACUUUUUUGAGUUUGAGAACUUCGUUGACAGGGAUGCUUCUCGCAAUUUCCUUGCACCGUUUCUUGCAAAUGCUGCAACUCCGAUUGCUAACAACGAGCUGGCAGCUAACCAGGCUUCUACAUCGGCACGUCCUCCGGGACAAAACGAAAGCCUCAAUCAGACUGAAAUGGAGCGGCGAAUAAAACUUUUGCAAGGAGACAGUGAGCUGCAAAGGCUUCAUCAAAACCUCGUCAUGAACCAGAUUCUUUCCGAGCAUGAUUUCUGGGCUUCCAGAAAGGUACUUCAGAGUUUUUCUCGUAGAUUAAUCAAUAAUUCAGCUUCUAUCUGUGGAGUGCAGAAGACGGGAGAUAAUCACAAAAUGAGGACUGGGAUGGCAAGCACAAUGCUUGCUGAUAUCCGUCCGAUGGCCGAUGGCCGGACGAACACGGUGACGUUUAACAUCACGCCAGAGAUCAUUCAUCAGAUAUUUGCGGAAAAGCCGGCUGUACAUCGAGCUUUUCUGAACUUUGUACCAUCAAAGAUGACCGAAAUAGCCUUCUGGACAAAGUACUGUAGGAACGAUUAUCUCCAUCGGACUAAGAAUGCCGCCGCAGCAACGGCUGAAGCACAAGAUGACGAGGAGCUAGCAGUAUUUGUGAACGACGAUGACAUUAUUGCCAAAGAGUAUCGCCGGAAAAUAAAACGAGUGGAUCCAACUUUAGACAUCGCUGCAGACAAUGCAGAUUCUUCUCUGCCGGGACAUGGAAUUUACAGAGACAGAGCUAAGGAUCCCAUCGAUGGCAACAUGAGGAACAAACUAAUGCGCGAUAUUAACAGGCACGGGGAAGUUGUGCUAGAAGGUCGACUCCUCGAGGAAAACAGGAACGAUGCAAUGAGCAUUGCUCAGGCUUUGGCAAAAGUCCAGCAACAAGAUACGAGGGUGGAGGAAAACGAUCGUAGAGCUAGAGCUAUGACCGAGCUUGAAGAUUUACAAGGCCCUCGAGGACUUCCGUCCGUUCCUCUUUCCAUACAGGAUCCUCGCAAGUAUUUCGAUGUACAAGCCAAUACCAACAUUGGAGCGAGUAGUUCUUCAACGCUACAUCCCAACGAGAUCUUGCAGCGUUUGAGGCAGCAGAUAGAAGAGUUCGAACACCAGGACGAGACAGCUCCUAUAAUUCCUGGAUCUCUCGCUUUCAAGGUUUUAACCGAACUCACGCAACAAGUCUCUAGUACGCAUCAUUCUCUCGGAAGAACUGCCGAGAAGAAUGUCCUUGACAGUCUACCACGCUCCGUGAGGGAAGCUUUACUUCAGCACUCGUCAUUCAUCAACGAAGUUCUUCGACAGUUUUGGGCGACCUGUCCAAUCACUUCAAACGCUCUUCUACAAAAGGCAAAUCGUCUCAAGGAUUGCAUGGCUAAAGUCUACAACGAAAUACAGGCUUUGAAAAGCUCGGUGCAAUCGGAGCAUCGCCACCAAGUCUCGCUCAUACUGCAGCCGAUGUUUCAGACGCUCGAUGCAGCUCUUGUGCACUACGAAGCUGAGAUAGAAAAGCGGAGUGCCAAGAAACUUGGAAAUGGUGGACCUUCCGAGCACGUCAAUGGAAUGUUGGCCGUCAAGUGAAGGUAUGAGCUCCAAUUUUGUAGAGAAGUUAAGUUACACGGCCGUGAGAAUCGAAGUAAGUAAAUCACUCGCCGCUUGUCAUUCACUGGGUGAAACAUCUGGAAACAAAUCCUUGGAAGUCUUACAAGUUAGUUUUGUUA